AUCAAUCCGAAUAUUUUAGUCUAAAAAUAACCUUCGAAAGAGAGUCACUGGUGCAUACCGUAUCUAUUCAAAUCACAACAGAGAAAGAGGAAGUUUUGAUCAGGUUUAUUCGGGAGUGAUUAUUCAGAUUUGCCUAAAUGAAUACGGAAUAAUGUUUCUUAGGGAAACAACAUUUAUACUAGUAUUGAUUGUGGAUAUGGUAUUUACUGAAUGCUCUGUUGGCUGCCAAUCAUGUUCUGGAUCAACUUGUACAGAUUGUGAAUCAUCUUACUUUUUAUCAAAUGGUUAUUGUUCACUAUGCCCCGACGAUUGUGAAAGAUGUAAUAGCUACGAUGACUGUACUUCAUGUAAGCCUAAUAAAUAUGGUUUGCACGCCAGAUGUACUUUUAACUGUGAUGGUAAUUGUAUCAACAGUGAAUGUCAAGAUGAUACUGGAUAUUGUACUCAAUGUGAGCCUGGUUUCUAUGGAAAUCAAUGUCAACAUAAUUGUAGAUUAUGUAAAAAUGAACGUUGUGAUUUACGUACAUGUUUGAGCGGUUGUAGAGCUAGUUAUUAUGAGUAUAAAACCGGUACCGAAACAAUAUGUCAAACCUGUCCGCCAAAUUGUAAACAUUGUACGGAUGGGAACACGUGUAAUAUUUGCAACGAUGGUUUUCAUCUCUAUAAGUUAAAUGACAACGUUCACUGUGUGUCAUGUUUGUCAGAAAUGCAAUGUCCAGACUGUAUUAUUCAAGGUUGUAGCCAGUGUCAAAUACACAAUGAUUCGUUAGUCUGCGCUGAUUGUCCAGAAGGACAAGUAUUCAAUGGUCAAACAUGCGGAUCACACACAUCAUUGUGCUCAAAAGAAUGUUCUACGAAUUGUGAUAGUACUGGAAUAUGUCAAGGAGAAUGUAAUGAGGGCUGGACUGGUGGAAAAUGCUCCGAAAGAUGUAACAGUCAAUGUUUAAAGUGUUCAAAAGAUAACGGAAAUAGUUGUCUACUGUGUAAAGGUAAUUAUUACUCAACCGAUUGCAGUUUAGCCUGUAACCCGGCAUGCAUAAUAAAAAGUGGUAAACAUACAUGUGAAAAUACAAGUGGAUAUUGUUUAAACGGAUGUAACCAAACAUUUUGGGGCGAUACUUGUGAGCAACCUUGUCCUGGUGGAUGUAAAGAUCUUAAAUGUGAUAGAAACAACGGUACAUGUACGAAUGGAUGUAAGGAUGGACUAUCUGGAUAUAAAUGUACUCAAACUAUCAACAUCGGUAAACAAUUUGCAUAUGAUAACUGUCAUAAAGUAAUUUUAAAAUAA